AUGGAUAAAGUCGAGAUGGAGAUCCCAGCCCACUGCACUGUCCUGGUGGUAGGAGGCGGACCAGGGGGUUCGUAUACCGCUGCAGCACUUGCCCGUGAGAAUGUUGAUGUUGUUCUUCUUGAGUCGGAUAGAUUUCCCAGGUACCAUAUUGGGGAGAGCAUGCUUCCGUCCUUCCGACACUUUCUGCGCUAUAUCGACCUAGACUCUACGUUUCUGGAUCACGGCUUCACCCAGAAGAAUGGUGCAGCGUUCAAGGUUGUGCAGGGCAAGCGAGAGGGAUACACGGAUUUCAUAUCCGCGGGCGGACCAAACAAUUUCACAUGGAACGUAAUCCGCUCAGAAGCGGAUUAUCUGAUGUUUCAGCAUGCUAGAAGUGGCGGAGCGAAGGUUUUUGAUGGCGUCAGAGUAAAUGACAUUGACUUUGACGAUAAAACCAGUCAUCCCGUUAGGGCGUCGUAUACCCAGAAAGCCACGGGAACCAAAGGUACAAUCAACUUUCGAUAUCUGGUCGACGCCAGUGGCCGUGCAGGUCUGGUCAACACCAAGUAUAUGAAGAAUCGCACCUAUAACAAGGCUCUUAAGAAUGUCGCGCAUUGGGGUUACUGGAGGGGGACGAAGCCCUACCAGGAAGGGAUGGAAAGGGAGAACUCGCCGUUCUUCGAGGCGCUGAAAGACGAGAGCGGGUGGGCUUGGUACAUCCCACUUCACGAUGGAACGGUAUCCAUCGGAGUCGUCAUGGAUCAGGAACUCGCAACGUCAAAGCGGAGAGCCAUGUUCGAUACCUCCUGCAAGGAAGAUCAUACCCUAGAAUCGUUCUACCGCUCCUCUCUCCGGCUUGCCCCCAACUUAAUGCAGCUGAUAUCCGGCGGCGAACUCACAAGCUCUGUCAAAUUGGCGUCCGAUUACUCCUACAGCGCAUCCACAUACUCCAGCCCCUAUGUAAGAGUUGUCGGCGACGCCGGCUGCUUCAUCGACCCUUUUUUUUCCUCGGGUGUCCAUAUCGCUUUGACGGGCGCCCUCUCGGCAGCUGUCACUAUAUGCGCUGCUUUGAAGGGCGAUUGUAAGGAAGCCACUGCGGCGAAUUGGCACUCUACAAAGAUCCAGAGUGUGUAUCAGCGGUUCCUGAUGGUGGUCUUGAGUGCCUACCAUCAGAUGAGGAGGCAGGAUAACAGCAUUUGGAGUCAGCUUGGUGAGGAUAAUGUCGAUGAGGCUUUUGAGCGUAUCAGGAUCAUUAUCCAAGGCACGGCAGACAUAGGUGGAAGUGGUGUCUCACAAAGCCAUCUCAAGGAAACGCUGGACUUCUGUGCUCAGGCUUGGAACCAUGCCGAACCGGAGAAGAUGGCAAAAUUUAAGCAGAAACUCGGUAGUAGCAGUCUCUCUUCAGUGGAAAGUAACAGGUUCUCUAGGGAAGAGCUACAGAUCCUUCACCACUUACAAGCGCGCAAGGCAAUGUGUACGGAAAGUACGCUUGGACUUGAUUGUUUCCAUACAGAUGUGAUUGAGGGAUUAAAGCCUGUUUUGGAUCGUGGGAGGUUGGGCCUGGUGCGCAUUUUGCCUGCUGAGUUGUGA